AAUGAGCUACAGUCCAGAGUGUAACAGCUAAGGCUUCAGACUUCCUCACUUUUUGGCCAACAGUGCGGUCAUCUACGGGGACAUCUCUGGAGGUUCAAGUCGUAAGCUGAGGAGUGCAACCUGCCAUUAUAAGAGAGAAAGCACUAGCUAGGUACCUGGAGGUCUGAUGUCUGGGAAGACUAUGCCUCUAAACGACCAAACUGUGAUGGACGAAACACAGCCGAUGCUAAUGACGGGAGGCAACUACAUCAAGGAGGGCCUCGACUCCGCCAAGAGCAUCUGCCUCAUCUUCUCGCCGGGAGAAAAGGACCAGGUCGGCGGGCUCGCCAAAUGCCUCAAGCUCUUCGAGAAACACUCGGUGAACCUGAUGCACAUCGAGUCGCGGUCGUCGCAACGGUUCCCCAGCCAGUAUGAGUUCAUGGUGGAGUGCGCGCCGGGCGGAGACAUCGGCGGCGCCGUGACCAACCUGCGGCAGAGCUCCGCCUACUUCCAGAUCAUCUCACGCAACCACAAGGACAACAGAGAUACUGUUCCUUGGUUUCCACGCCGUAUCCGUGACUUGGACAAAUUUGCCAACCAGAUCUUGUCUUACGGAGCCGAAUUGGACGCAGACCAUCCCGGUUUCACUGACCCAGUGUACAGAGCACGAAGGAAAUAUUUCGCCGAUAUUGCCUACAACUACAAACAUGGUGAACCUCUUCCUCACGUGGACUACACCAAGGAGGAGACCGAGACCUGGGGUAAGGUGUUCCGCGAGCUGACCAAGUUGUACCCGACGCACGCGUGUCGUGAGCACAACCACGUCUUCCCGCUUCUCAUUGAGAACUGCGGUUACCGCGAGGACAACAUUCCUCAGCUCGAAGAUGUCUCCAACUUCCUCAAAGACUGCACGGGCUUCACGCUGCGGCCGGUGGCCGGCCUGCUGUCGUCGCGCGACUUCCUGGCCGGGCUGGCGUUCCGCGUCUUCCACUCGACGCAGUACAUCCGGCACGCCAGCUGCCCGCUGUACACCCCCGAACCCGACGUGUGCCACGAGCUGCUCGGUCACGCGCCGCUCUUCGCAGACCCCGCGUUUGCGCAGUUCUCGCAGGAGAUUGGCCUCGCCUCCCUCGGUGCACCUGACGACUACAUCGAGAAGCUCGCAACAUGUUUCUGGUUCACUGUUGAAUUUGGUCUGUGCCGUCAAGACGGUCAUCUAAAAGCUUAUGGUGCUGGUUUGCUCUCUUCCUUUGGAGAGCUGAAGUACAGCCUGAGUGGAAAACCAGAGCUAAGACCAUUUGAACCAUCAAAGACUGCAGAACAGAAAUAUCCUAUAACAGAGUAUCAACCUGUCUACUUUGUUGCAGAAAGUUUUGAAGAUGCAAAGGAAAAAAUGAUAAAAUAUGCUCAUACAAUUCCACGUCCAUUUGGAGUGCGCUACAAUCCAUACACGCAAAGCAUUGAAAUACUGGAUUCAAAGCCACAGAUCCAAACUCUGGUGGACAAUAUUAAUGAAGAAAUGCAGAUUCUAAUGGAUGCACUGCGAAAAUUAUAAAGCAGCAAACAUAGUUCCUGAUCUGUAUCAUACCAAAGCUAUAAUAUGUAGAUAGGUGUGUUAAUAUUAUCACGCAAAGAUCGUACAUUAAGCAUCAGGUUAAUUUACAAGUUAAUUGUAAAAGUGUUACCUCUAUGUCAUGAAUACAUCACUAUUUUGUAAAUACUCACUGCUCAUUUCUAAUUAAAGAUUUUUUUACAA